AUGGGUUCGGUAGUGAAUAAACAACGUACGGAUGAUAGUUUAGAAUUAACAAAUUUAGUUAAAACAAUAAGAACAAAAUCAAUACUUGAAAAUCAAGAUGAUUUUGAAGAAUGUGUUUUAAUUUGGCUUGAUUCAAGUAUUAAAUAUAAUGCUCAUUGGGCAGAUGAAUUAAAUCAUGCACGAGAAAUAAUUAAUAAUUUAAAAAUAUUCGAUCAACUUAAUGAUUGUAUUAACUUCAUGAAAAUGAUUGUUUAUGAUAAAAUUUUUCUUAUCGUAUCACAUCAAUAUAUUCAAUCCAUUUGUGCAAUUAAAUCUGAACUUCGUCAUUUAACAUCGAUUUAUGUUUAUUGUGAUGAAAGUUUAUCUUCAAUAAAACGAACAUCAUUAGAAACUUGGGCUCGAGAUAAUGAACCAUUAAUAACAGGUGUUUAUUCCAAUUCAACAGAUUGUUUUGCACAAUUAUCAAAAGAUGUUUAUGAUAUAUGUGAUCAUGAUUCAAUUCCUGUAACAUAUUUAAGUCCACAGAUAAAGAAUCAAAAUUUAAAACAAUCAAGUUCAUUUCUGAUAUUUCAUUUUUUCCUUCAAAAUAUCCUCUCUAAUUUAUUAUCACCUAUAAAUAAAGAACAACGACAUCGUAUAUUUCGUUCUUGUCUUUAUUAUUAUCGUGACAAUGAUAAACGUAUAGAAGAAAUUAAACAUUUUGAACAACAUUAUAAUUCUCAAUCAUCUAUUGAUUUAUACUUACGAACAAAAUUUUUUUCACGUCUUUUACAUAAAGCUAGUCAAACAGCUAAUUUUGCACUUUUAUUCGAUUAUAGUUUUAUCCUGAAUGACAUACAAAACAUUAUACAAGAAAAAUCUAUUACAUUAACAAAUAUAUAUUAUCGUGCACAAAAUUUAAAUGCUGAUGAUUUAUAUCGUUUACGUAUAAAUUUAAAUGGUAUCAUAUCAAUCAAUACUUAUCUUGAUCUUUGCAAAACUGCUGAAGCUGCUGUUAAUGAAGUUUCAUUAAUAUCAAAUACACUUGAAACUGUUUUAUAUCAUUUUUCAAUAAAUCAAUCAUAUAUAUCUAUAUCUGAUAAUAAAGUUCUUCUAUCAAUUGGUAGUUUAUUUCGUAUUGAACAUAUCGGAAUGGAAAUGGAUGGUGUAUGGCAUGUACAUUUAAAAAUGUUAACAAAAGAUGAUAUCAAUGAUCAAAUUGAAAUAAUAAUGAAAGAAAUUGAUUUUCUUCCACAUAAAUAUUUAUCGAUUGGUCUUAUUUGGGAUAAAAUAAAACAAUCGGGUAAAGCUGAUCGAUUUUAUCGUUUACUUAUUGAACAUUUAUCAAAAACAAAUAGAGAAACAGCACUUAUUUGUAAUUAUAUUGGAACUAUAAUUCGUUUAAAAUGUCAAUAUCCAACAGCAUUAACUUAUCAUAAACAAGCAUUAACAAUUUAUAAAGAAGGAAAUCAAUUAAAUUCUUCAUUGAAUGAAGAUAUUGAUCGUACAUAUGCACAAAUAGCAUUAGUCUAUAGAGACAUGGGUGAUACCUUACAUGCUAUUGAAUAUUUUAAAUUAAUAUCGAAACAAGGUGAAGAAGAAAUUUUAAAUCAACUUGGAGAAAUUUAUCGAAAUCUAGAAAAAUUUCAUAUUGCUCAUCAAUAUUAUCAACAAACAAAAUCAUAUAAUAAUAUUGGACUUUGUUAUAUUAAUCAACGAAUGUUUCCAGAAGCAUUAUCUUAUUUAAAAAAAGAACCAAAUUCAAUUUCUAAUAUAAAUCUAGGUGUUUAUCAUCAAUUACGAAAAGAAUAUAGUACAGCAUUAAUAUUUUUUGAAAAAGCAUUAGAAACUAUAAAAGAUCGUCCAUUAGAUAUAGCAAUGAUACAUUCUUAUCUUGGUCUAUUACAUUGUGAUAGUCGACAAUGGUUACUAUCAUUAAAACAUUAUGAACAAGCACUUGCUCUAUAUAAACGUCAUUUAAUAAAUAAUCAUCCAACUAUUGCACUUAUUCAUGAUGGUCUUGGAACAUUAUAUUUAACGAAAGGUGAAUUUCGAGCAGCACAACGUGAAUAUGAACGUUGUUUAGAAUUACAAUUACGUGUAUUACCAGCAAAUCAUCCAGAUGUUGCUGGAACAUAUAAUAAUUUAGGUGGUGUUUUUAAUGAAUUAGGUCAAUAUGAACAAGCAUUAUUAUAUCAUUUAGAAGCACUUGCAAUUGCUACAGCAACAUUACCAAAUGAGCAUUCUGAUAUAAAAUUAUACCAACAUAAUAUUAUAGAAACAAAACGAAAACUUUCUCAAAGUUAA